AGGUGCAGGUUCUGUAGUGCAGUAAUGGCUUGACCAGGAAGGGAAUAUGAGUAAAUGCCCAGUGGUAAAUCAGAGAGACUUGAGAGACUCCUGCUGUUAAGAUUACUUUAAAGUCAACGUUUGUUUACUGCGAUUAUACGCCUAGACUAGUACACUAACGAAGACCCGACUGAAAAUGGGCUGUACAUGAAUUCAACAAACCACACAGAAGCAAGCAAGAUCUACUCCUGUACAAUGAGACUGAAAUUGGAGCUGGAUUGAUGUGCUGCUCUCGCUGAACCCCAGGUCUUCUGACAGAAUGCAACCUGCUUGCCAGCAUGGCACUGCUGAGCUCCAGCUGAAAGUGGACUUUUUCCGUAAGCUGGGCUACUCAGCACAAGAGGUACAGGCAGCCCUGUUGAAACUAGGCUUGGACACAGACACAAAUGCUGUACUUGGGGAGCUGGUGCGCUCCGGAGCCAGAGAGUCACCUACAGUGAGUCAGGAGAGUGAUGAUGGUAGCUCUGGAUUUAGCUACCGCGGAGGAGGAGGAUCCAGCAGUAAAGAUCUCCACAGGGGCAUUCAACGCUCACCAGCAGUAGAUGAAAUCGACAACGACCUAAAACCCAUUGUGAUCGAUGGAAGCAAUGUGGCUAUGAGUCAUGGAAACAAGGAAGUUUUUUCAUGUCGCGGAAUUGAGCUGGCAGUUAACUACUUCCUUGAGAGAGGCCACAGGAACAUCACAGUUUUUGUGCCCUCAUGGCGAAAAGAGCAGCCAAGGCCAGAUGUCCCUAUUUCAGAUCAGCACAUUCUCGCAGAGCUGGAAAGGAGAAAGAUAGUUGUAUUCACACCCUCUCGGCGGGUCGGAGGUAAACGAGUGGUCUGCUAUGAUGAUCGCUUCAUCGUCAAACUUGCUUACGAUCUGGAUGGCGUUAUUGUGUCCAAUGACACAUACCGUGACCUUCAGAGUGAACGGCCUGAAUGGAAGCACUGCAUUGAGGAGGGGCUACUGAUGUACUCCUUUGUCAAUGACAAGUUCAUGCCACCAGAUGACCCUCUUGGUCGCCAUGGUCCAACCUUGGAUAAUUUCCUCAGAAAGAAGCCUCUGCUACCAGACACCAAACGCCAGCUUUGUCCUUAUGGAAAGAAAUGCACAUAUGGAAUCAAAUGCAAGUUUUAUCACCCUGAACGAACCAGCCAGUUACAGCGUUCUCUUGCAGAUGAACUGAGGGACAACGCUCGUCUAUCCAGUUCUGUCCACUGCUGUUCAGAGGAAAGCCGAAGACCAGGAGCUUUCCUCAGAGGGCCCUGCCACACUGAGUCUGGCUUUGGCUCAUACUUUCCAUCUUUAGAGCAAGAGCUGGAGUACAAGCUAACACUGGAAAGUGCUCAUUGUGUACAGAGAAACCAACCUGGUGAAAGCAUGCAGCAGUACUGGGAUGAUGUUUCUACCAAGUACCAGGCCUGCAACCCAGCUAACCACACUCCUCUGGACUGGCAUAGUCUGUACUCACCAUACCUCACUAAUCCUCCAUCUAGCUCAGAUUCUGGCCUUGGCUCCUAUGAGAGCCAGUAUUCAGAGGCAUCUCAAGGACAUGAUGAUUCAUAUAGGAUUACUUCUAGGCAUAACAGGUUUUAUAAUCAGAAAGAUGUACCUCUUGCUUGCACUUGCUCUUCUGAGUCUGUUGUCCAACCGAACAUUCAUCAGUACCCUCUUUCCCAGCAUCCACCCAACUCCUUUGAUUAUAGUGUACUCCAGUUCCAUAGGCCCUCAAACAAUCAAUCCUACAGUCUUCCCAAUUACCUACAGCCUAAUGGGCUCCAACACAGCCAGCCAAAAGCUUGUUCUGAUACACUGUGGCUCCCUCAGAUUUGCAAAACUUAUAGUUUACCCAACCCUCCCCAUGCUGUUGGACCCCACAGACCUGCUGAUGUUUGCAGAAACAGCAAAAGAGCGCUCAGUCCAAACACUGUCCCAUUUGAGGCAGAGCGAGAAGAGACCAGGAAGAAACUCCAUGCGAUUUUUAAUCCCCAUCAUGUGGAUAAAGUUAUGAGAAUGUUCCCAAAGCUAAAAGAUGCUCAACAGCUUGCAGCAGAGAUCCUCAAGCUCAAGUCCAAAGGAGAGUUGUUCUAAGUGUUGUGUGCUCCAUGAUGAUAAAGAGAUACAUAAAUAAUAGCAGAGCAUAUUUUGUUCUCAUAUGAAACUAAGCUCAGGUAUAAAUGUUGAAUAACUCCUGAAUCUUAGGAAAUGUAUUAUUGCUAUCUCUCUUAAUGUUUUAAUUCUUUUGUUGGAUUAUUUCAUUGGCUUUGGCCAAAAUCUUAAGGUUAAUUGUACCUGAAUGUCACAUCACAUAGUAAAUGUGAUGACUAUGUAUGACAUGAAAGUCAAGUUAUAUCUACAAACAUUGUUCAGAUUUGACUACAGCAUUUGUAUCAUGCUGUAUUUUUAAAUGCAUUGAUAAGACAGUCAGGCCGUAUUGUUAAAUGUUUGUUGUUGAUGCACAUUGCAUCUUUUACUAUUUCUAAUUUGGGAUGUUAAGAUGUAGUAUUGUGGCCCACAGCUGUUUUAAUGUUGCUGUUGUGUAAAUGAUUUUCAAAGAUUAUCUUGUAAGAGCUGUAUUCAGUAAAACGUACAGUAAUUUUGGUUUUAACACUCAUGGGCAGUGCUGCAUUGUUCUUUAACCAGUGUCUUAAAAAACAAGUGCAUUUACUAAAGUAUCCUUUCAUUGUUAAUGAUACUUGUAUUAUUAAAUUUAGUUCUUUAA